AUGAAACUGUUGCGUCGUAGUACCGCCACAAAAUGCAUGACACGGCGCGCUGCCGUUGUUCUGCUUGCAUGCGCUCUUCCUCUUGCAGUGUUUGGGCAAGGAAUCAGGGCCACCAGCAAGUCGCACGGUGCGACUCCCGAAGACUUGCGUCGCAUGAAAAGUGCUCAUUGGAUGAAUCAAUGGCAGGUUGCUCAGUCCGUCAACUUUACUGAUAUUGACCAGUCUCCGUAUCCAACAGGUCCAUACGAUGCCACAAUUCCACGCAAUGCCAAUUGCUACGUAGUCUUUCGAGACAAGGAUAAAAAAACCUAUGAUAUGAUUACAGCCACUGAACCACCCACAAAUGAACACAACUAUGGUGUCUUUCUGUCUCACAAGUCACCUUGUGGCGUCUGCAGCAAUCUUGUCGAUCUAGCCGUCUAUCUGGAGAAGCCAGACUUGACCAAUCCAGUCCGCAUAUGUGGCUUGGCUUCCUUGCUUUCCAAGGAUGCCAAUCGGGACUGUCUCGCCAAAGUCAUUGGUUUCAGUGAACCCUGUGCCGCCAUUUGGUUUCACAAUACACAGCAUACACGCAGUAGGUGUUUCUCGCUCUGCAUAGCCCGACUCCUCACUCCCAACAAUGCUGGCUAUGGAUUCAGCAACCCUUGUCGUCCCAUGGACGAAGAUGAUGACGAAGAUGAUGACGAAGAUGAUGCCGCUGGAAUGUGUCAAAAUACCAUCAAUCGACAACCUGCUUGUGCCGAUUUUCAAUAUCAAACCGGAAGCAAGUACCGCCUCAACGCCUGCUUGCAGUGUGACGAAUGUCAGUCAGGACCACUCUUCCAAAAGAUUGCUGGACGCACGAGACGGGCCUCGGGAAUUCAAUCCGGCAUCAAACGACCAGAUAUUCCACAUAUCAAUCACAACUAUUUUACUACGACCAACAGCAGCAGCAGCAACAGCAGUCAUAAUGUGGUGCUUGGGGUUGACGUGAGCUGA